AUGGACUCUCUAACGUCAUGUUUUGUUUUGUUUUUCAGUCUAAUUUCUCGGAUGCUGCAGAAGGAUCCCACCAGUCGUGCGACCCUGGAUGAGAUCGAGGCUCACGAUUGGCUGAAGGGACUGGAUGAUGCCCUACUGACCCCCGAGGCCCCGCCCUCCUGGCUGACCGGGGCUCUGUCUCUCAGCUCUCCUCGCUCUGCUCCAGAGAGCGGGGACCUGCUCGCUGCUAAACCCACCAAUCACCUGUCACCUUUCCCCGGACCAUGGCAGCCCAGUCUGAGCGCUCCCCAGAGGGCAGUCCCUGAACCGGACCCCCCAGCCCCAAAGAGUGUCCCAGCACUGCAGCUGAUCUGUGAGGAGGAGGAAGAGGAGGAAGAGGAGGAGGAGGAAGAGGAAGAAGAGGAAGAAGAGGAAGAAGAAGAGGAGGAGGAGGAGGAAGAGGAGGAGAGCAUGACAGAACAGGGCUCACCGCUGCUUUUGACACAAACUGAGGAGAAACUUAGUGUUGACAUAGAGAAAAGAGAAACCGAUGAAACAUUGAAGGAGCCCGAGGAGGAGGCUGUGGACAGUGUGAUUUCUGAGCAGCCCAUGAGUCUGGGAGACGUUGGCGCCUCUAGUGCAGAGUGUGUUUAUGAGGCAGACCCAGUGAGCCUGCAGUGUGAGGAGCCCAACAAUAACAGUAAACCUGCCCCAGUCCCCUCUGCUCCAGCCCUGUCUUCCUCUGUCUGUCUGGACUCCAAAAACACAUAUGCAGCUGAACAGGAACUAGAGCAAAGUGCAGAGGAGGGCUGCAGAAAGGAGCUCUCAGCUGACAGGCCACAGUCCCACAACCCAGACAUUGCCCCCCGGGCAGACACAGCCAAACGGCACAGCUUAAAACUACGUGAAAGAAUUUUCCAGUUUCCUCUUUGUGAGAAAGCCCUGGCGUUUAAUAUCCCAACUCAGAACAAAUCCAAGAUCAUGCCCUUGGCUCAGUAUAACUGCUGCAGAGUCCUAUAGACUGAAGGACUCCAAACAGUCACCGAGUAACAAUUUGUGCCUGAGAUAGGCCAACCGAACUUUAGAGGAAACUCAUUCGCUGCUGUGUACAGAAGCUCACACAUGCGCAAGACUUUGCCCCUGUCCAAUCUUAGCAUAAAAACUCAUGGAAAGAAAAGAGAAAGAAAAUGCUCAAAUGUUGAGACUUAGAACAUAAAAUAUUGUAGAGAAAUAAGCUACUGUCUUCUUGUUCAUAAGGUGCCUAAUUGGGUUUGUUUGCAUCCAUCUUGUCUCUGUAACUCUGACUAAGUUGUAAAAUACUGCCCAUCAGGCUGCUCCAGCACUAGCUCUAGAUGGGUUUUUAAAAGGCUAUAAAUAUUUAAUAUGUAAAAACAACCAGCUUGAGCUACCUAGUAGCCACUGAUCCAUUCCUUUUGCACAACUUGCUCCAUGUGGUUGAAUGAAGCCUCUUAAUAUAAGCUCUUAUUUGUAAAGACUGAGACUGUUACAUGAUAUGCUGAUGUAUCUAUGCUCAAUGGUCAUGUGUUUUUCACAAUGCCCUUAUUGGACUUUCUGUUCUUAUACAACUGUACUAUACAUUGUAUAAUCAGUGACUAUUGGUGGGAUGCAGGCCUUUCAUUCUGCUGAUAAGUUUGGGUGUGCUGCGUAUAUCAGAAGAACAAUGUUUGAUUUUUUGACAAAAGUUACAUUUCUGAACAUGAGAAAUGUGAUAUGCAUGUUGUUGAUAGUACUGUUAUUUAUGGCGAUAUACCUCUGUGUGAUGAGUUUGUGCUCCUGUAUUCUUGAUUUGCACAAGUGUGACUACUGUAGUUGCUAGCCAUAUUUUGGCAGCAUCAUGAUCACUGCAUAGACCAAACAGCAGACUCCUUUAUAUCAUUUCCAUCUUUUUUUACAGUGUAUUUUGUGUUUUUAAAUAAGAUUUUAAAAAGUUAUGCUAACAAAAGCCAAAGUGUAUGCUGCUUUGGUCAAUCUGCUAGAGUCCAUAGAAAUUAGAUUUUGAGCUUGUGACCUGUGAUCAGCUGGUCAUUCCCAACAGAAAGAGGAUGUCAUGUGACUUUAUAAUCUGUGGAGAAGAGGUUUGUAAUCCUGUCAAUGCUCAUGAGCAACUGCAUCUUGCCCUGUGCCCAUGGACCUAAACCUGGUGCCCUUCCUCUGGACCUAUUUUUUCUGAAUUAAUUUAUUAAAAAAGAAUAUAAAAUGA